AUGCCGCGAAGGACCGAAGCCAUCGAUGACUAUGCUUCCGCAGUACCGCAGAUCAUUCUGUCAUCGUCAGAUGGGGAUUUCCUCGACCACCUCAUUCCGGUCUUAAAGGAUGCGUCAAAUUCCCGCAGGACUCCGGCGCUAAUCCAAUGUCUCAAUCAAUACACGGAAGAGCGCGAAGCCGACAUCGAGCGAAUCGGAAUGACGAAGCACGAGGAGUUCCUGGACUCUGUCAAUCAGUUACAGAAUGUUCGCGAAGAUACCGUUGCGCUCAUUGCCGAGAUUUUGAAAUUGAAUCAAUCCAUUCAAUCGAGUACCGAACAGCUUGCGGAGCAGAAGAGCGCCCUAGUCAACACAAAGGCCGUCCGACAGAACAUCUCAGAUGCCUCGGACGCUCUGAAGGAGUCGCUGAAAGUGCUCCACGCCGUCAACUAUGCCCAUGACCUCGUGCGACGGAAACAAUACUAUUCGGCGCUUAAAUCGCUGGAGGAUCUCCAGAACGAGCAUCUUGUUCCGACAUUGCAAAACCGCUAUGCCACCCAGCACAGGCUUGCCGACGCCAUUCAGAAGUCUAUUCCUUCUUCCAGGAAAGCAAUAUCCGAAGCGGUCAUGGCAGAUCUAAACACAUGGCUCUUUCGCAUUCGAGAAGCAUCUCAAUUUCUUGGGGAGCUUGCUUGGUAUUAUACCGAGCAGCGACGGUUACGGCAAAAGAAGAGAGUUGAUGAAGAUUCAUUCUUGUCCAAUUUCAAGCUGAAUUCGGCCAUUGAGCUUGUUUGCGAUGAAAGCGAAGAGCUUGAUGUACUGGACAAUGAAGAACUUCAAAUCGCCUUUACGCCUCUUUUCGAAGCAGUCCACAUCCACGAGGCAUUGAACCAAUCAGACCGCUUUCGUUCGGAAUAUGCAGCCACGCGCCGACAGCAGAAAGACCUGCUCUUGCCCAGCUCGAUCGACCUAUCUACAGAAGACGAAGGGUCUCUCAGCAGCUUGCUGGAAGGCAUAACUGGAUUCGCAAUCAUCGAAAAGGCCACCAUGCGGCGGGUUCCGCAUUUGCGAUCUGCUAUCGAGGUGGAGGAGUUGUGGGAAUCGAUGUGCAGCACAGCAAUCAACGUAGCAUCGAAAGCACUGAACGAUGUGACGAAUGCUGAGGUGCUGCUCAAGAUCAAAGGGAUUGUUGCUCUGUUCAUUCAAACGAUGCAGGGAUAUGGAUAUCCUGUCUCAAGCUUGGAGACUUUCAUGCUUACGCUCUUCGAUAAAUACGCUGAGCUUCUCCGGCGCAGAUUCAGUGAAGACUUUCAAGAAAUCGUAUCAACAGACGAUUACAUGCCCAUGGCCAUCAAUUCUCAGGAGGAAUUCGACAAGGUCCUCAACGUCAGCUGGUACACGCCAGAACAAGAUGUCGAGAAUAUCACGUUCCCUUGCGUUCUGCCAUUUUCUCAAAUGUAUCCCCUGUGUUGUAUCGAUAUCCAAAAUUUCCUCAACCAGUUUUAUUUCUUCUCCGAUGACCACUUCCAACAUUCGGAUGUCAUUGAUGAAUCACUACGGAAGUCCCUCGAUAAGCUCCUGACCGAAAAAGUCUGCCAAUCCCUGGUUGAAAGACUCAGCUCUCAAUAUCUAGGCCAAAUUGUUCAGAUUCUGAUCAACUUGGAGCAUUUCGAAACCGCGUGCCAAGAAUUAGAGCUCUUGCUCAUCAGUGCAAGAUCAUCCACAUCCGCAGGCGGUCCCUUGAAGCUCAAUGCCACCGAAGAAUUCCGAAAUAAUAAAAAGACGGCGGAGAAACGAAUUUUCGAACUGGUCAACUCCAAGAUAGAUGAUCUUGUAGACACAGCCGAAUACGACUGGUUUUUGGCCACCGAUCCAUCAGAGCCCAGCUCAUAUAUGCAGACAUUAACUCGCUAUCUGUCAAAUAUCAUGAACUCUACUCUUCUGGGUCUUCCCCGAGAGAUCAAAGAGCUCAUUUACUUUGACGCAUUGAGUCAUACUGCGGAGAAGAUAUUGGCACUCCCACUCUCCCCCGAGGUCAAAUCUAUUAGCUUCAGUGCUGUAUCAGCCCUGGCUCAGGAUGUCCAAUACUUGACAACAUUUGUCAAUAGCCUUGAGAACGGCGAAAUGCUCAAGGAAAAUUUGGACGAACUGCAACAAACUGUCAACCUUCUACAAUCCGAAAACAGCGAGGAGUUUUACGAUAUGUCAGUGCGAAAUAAGAAAUAUAAUCGCGUCGACGCCCUCAACGGCCCCGUAUUGCUAGAGAAACUGAAUACCAGUGCCUCCCAUGCAUCUAGCAGAAGUGCGCCGCUGUCCAAUCUGUCUUCUAGAUUUGGAAUGAUGAAAUGA